AUGGCAGCCAUUCACCGUCCGGCACAUCUCACCCAUCAUGCCGCCAAAGUCGCCUCCGCCGCCUGUAUCGAGAAAUCCCAAACCAUGGGAGUACCCAUGAACAUUGCCAUUGUCGAUGCGUCUCUGUACCUCCUCCAUUUCGAGCGAAUGCCUGGCGCCAAACUCACCUCGAUCGACAUUGCCAUGAACAAGGCAUUUACGGCCGCAGGGCACCGCGCGCCCACAUCAAUCUACAAGGAGAAUGUCUGGCCCGGUGGUGCCGCUUUUGGGCUCAACAAUAGCAACAACGGCAGAUUCAUGUAUGUGGCAGGUGGGAUCCCUAUAAUUGUGGAGGGAGAGGUCGUCGGUGCCAUCGGCUGCAGUACAGGGACACCUGCACAAGAUACAGAAGUGGCGCAGGCAGGCGUCGACGCUGUGAUGGAGUAUAUCAAGAAGAGUCAACCAGAACCGAAAUUGUGA